AUGGGGCAGGAUGGGGCGCUUAAAACUCAUGACAUGGUGCAGGAAACAGAGAACAGAAAAAUGGGGAUGGAUGAUUGCGGCAGGUUAAGGUCAUUUGACCUUAACCAAGAACCUGAGUGUGACCGAGACACAUUCAUUGAAGAAAGUGGUGGUUCAAUAGGAGGACACGAAGAUGAGGAGGCAGAUGAAUUGGUGGGCGCAAUAGGCGUGGAUGACGUAAUGAAAUUAACAUUUGACACGGAAAAAGAAGCUGGGGAAUUCUAUAAUUUGUAUGCGAAACUAAGCGGAUUUGGGAUUCGUAAAAGUAAUGCCAAACGAGAUGCAGAUGGCAUUUCAAGAUUUAGAAAAUGGGUAUGUUGCUGUGAAGGUUAUAGGAAUGAAAAGUGGUUUAAUUAUGAAGACCGGAAAAGAGAAGCAAAACCAAUCACAAGAACCGGGUGUGGGGCUUGCUUUCGCGUGAAGUAUGACAUAGAAUCGGUAAAGUAUGUGGUGACACGUUUUAUUAUGGAGCACAAUCACCCGCUGGCAUCAGCGACAAGUGUGCAACACAUUAGGUCGCAUAGAAAAGUGAGCGAUGCAGAAUAUGCGCAGGCAAAAAGUCUAAAGUUGGUUGGGGCCAGAAUAUGCCAGAUAAUGAAACAUUUUGUUAUCAAAGCCGGAGGGUAUAGUAACGUGGGAUUUUGCAUUAAGGAUCUGUAUAACCGAAUGGACGAGGAACGUAGAAAAGAUAUUUUUAAUGGCGAUGCAGAAGGGGCACUUGGGUUCUUGGCAGCAAAGAAGGAUGUCGAUGACAUGUUCUUUUAUAAAUAUCAUGUAGAUAAUGAAGGAAGAUUGACAAGGUUGUUUUGGGCAGAUUCUAAAUCUCAUGCGGACUUUAGUGUAUUUGGAGAUGUAUUGGUGUUUGAUACAACAUACAAAACAAAUAAAUACCACAAGCCACUAGUUGUACUUGCAGGGGUAAACAACCAUUUGAACAGUACUGUUUUUGGCUGUGCACUGCUAUCAGAUGAGAGGAUUGAAACAUAUGAAUGGGUGCUAAGUACAUUUGUAGAGACUAUGAAAGGUAGAAAGCCAGUAGCAGUGAUGACAGAUAGGGACAGUGCAAUGCGAAGAGCCAUAAAGAAUCUUCUCCCGGAUGCUUGUCACAGGCUAUGUUCGUGGCACUUGUAUAGAAAUGUACAGAGUAAUAUUCGCUGCGAGGAGUUUAAUAACAGGUUGUAUAACCUGAUGACGAGAAAGUGUAGCACUCUUGAGUUUGAGGAUCGGUGGGCUAGGUUGGUUAAUGAAUGUGGGGUGGUAGAGAAUGAGUGGGUGAAGAAGUUGUACCGUAGGAGAAGGUUAUGGGCAGAGGCCUAUUUACGCGGUCAUUUUUUUGCAGCAUGGCUUCGACAUACUGAGAGCAAAGCAGUUCACACAAGCGAAAACACAAAACCAGUCUUAACCACAAUCCUGCCCGAAUUAGAGGGGGGCGCAGCGGAGGUGUUUACAAGGAAUGUGUUCUUCAUGCUGAGGAAGCAUUUGAACAGGCAAGGACUUCUAAUUUCUGAGGGUUGGAGCGAGGAUGGAGGGAGUCGUACAUAUUAUUACUCGAAAUAUGGUGGACACGAAAUAAGUUGGAGGGUGGAUUAUGAUAGGUCAAUGAAGAAGCUAAUCUGCUCUUGCAUGAAAUUCGAGUCAAAGGGGAUUCCUUGUGCUCACAUGUUUCGCGUAAUGGUGGUAGUAGGAAUGAACAGGAUCCCAGAAGCAUGCAUUUCGAAGCGGUGGAUAAAGGGAGUUUACUGUACUAAUAAUAGAAUGAAAGCAUUUGUUGUAGACGAACAGCUAACACAAAUGGCCAGAUAUGGCACUUUAAAGUCCAGCUGUAAUACUAUGUGUUACUAUGCCUCCUACAUGGAUGAUGCGUUUAAUAACCUGCAGCAGAUGUUUGACAAGCAUUCUGUGGACCUAAAGGAGAAGUGGAUUGACAGGGGAUAUGGGGGAGACGGAUUUGCAAUGGAUUCAAGAGUGAGGAACGAUAGAAGUAGAAGAACGUUCGGGCUGUUAGAUCCCAGGGUGUCCCGGUCUAAAGGUGAUCACAAGCAUGCAGAAGCAAAGAAGAAAAGAAAGUGUGGUCAUUGCAGGUGUGAAAUGCAGAGGUUGAAAGAGAUGGUAUGGUUGUGCAUGGAAGUAGCAGCCAUAACGACAGACAGGGGCCAUGCACAGAAGGAUCACCAGAUGCAUGAUUGUCAAGGUUGCGUCAUAAGCACUGCUGUAGCAAAUAGUGCUACUGCAUUGGUUAAUAGGAGAGAAAUUAAGUGGAAGCGUAUGUUGCGCAAAAUCUCUUCGUGGGAUAGACGUUUUCCGAAGUGGCUACUUGGGAAUCAGCUUCAGUUGCCCAACUUUUGUAAACUGGUGUCUUACGCUGCUGCUAUGAACUACUUUUACGAUAUGGGUUAUUUGUUCCUCUCCUUGCUAUCCUAA